CAACAAAAGAUAACCUCUUCAAAACAGGUAUAUAAUUACAAAUUAGGUGUUAACGACAUUUGCUUGAGAAAAACGUGGUCACUUGUAAAUACGAACAUAUUAUUGCAACAGUAACCGAUAUUAUGGAUAUAUCAACAUUUUAUUUUACAGAAAAUGUUAAUAUCCAAACUUUAUUAUUUGGAUUGGUUAUUUUACUGAUCAUACAAUGGUUUGUGGCACGGUCAAACUACAAUUUACCUCCGGGUCCAAUAGCUUUUCCAAUAAUUGGAAAUCUGCCUCAGAUUAUUUCCAGCACUGAUCUUUAUUUAAAGAUAGGAGAUCUUCGAAAACAAUAUGGAGAUAUUUUUAGACUCAAGGUUGGUUCUGAUAACUUCGUGUUCGUAUGUAAAACUGAACUGAUUUUGGAAGGAUUGGUAAAGAAAGGAGAGCAACUGAAAGGAAUAUGCAACUGGGUUUACAUUUUUGAUAAAGUUUUCCAAAGAAAAGGUGUCAGUUUUAAUUCUGGAAAAGAAUGGAAAGACCUCAGAAGGUUUAUUAUGUCAACAUUUCGGGAUUUAGGAAUAGGAAAAACAAAUACAGAAAAAAAGAUAUAUUUAGAAACACUGACAUUGGGCGAAUUUUUUGAAUCUCACAAUGGCAAACCGUUUUCCUUGAGUAACCCGAUGUCCUAUUACUCGUUGAUUAUUAUAUACAGUAUCAUAUUUGGUGAAAGGAUCGCAUUCGGAGAACCUGAGAUUAUGGAAAUCCUUGAAAAUUUCAAAUUUUUCUUCAAACAUGUUAGUGCAGUUAUACCAGAAAAUUUCAUCCCAUUCUUAAGAUUUCUUCGAUGGAAUUCUCCCAUAGAAAACGUUAUCAAGAAACGGCAAGAACUCCGAAGUUACGUAAAAACUAAAAUCAUAAAACAUAAGAAACGUUUAAUGCUGAAAACAUAAGAGAUUUCAUUGAUAUUUAUUUGCUGUCGCUUGAGAAGGAACCAAACCAGGAAUCUUUAUCUGAAGCAAAUAUGGUGCAAACAAUCAUUGACAUAUUUGCGGCUGGAACAGACACAAUUGGUACCUUACUUAUCUGGACCUUUCUCUUCAUGGCCAAAUACCCUGAUAUACAGAACAAAUGUCGAGAAGAAAUUAAACAG